UGCAAAGAAAUUUUGUCGACGUUGUCGUGCAACAUCAAGUUCUAUCUCGGUGUACUACAAGAUUCGUGCAUUUUCAUAGUUUCGUUCGCCUCUGGCUCUGACCACUGUUGAAUUCAUCGACCUGGUUGUUUAACGGCAGCCGUAGGUUGUUUUGCGAAUUAGUAUCGCAAACUUAAAAAUCUCGCAAACAAUUGUCACGGCUUCCAGGACCCCCUCUUUCAUUUUCCAUUUUAUCAAUCACAAUCAUCUAGAUCAUGUACAUUAGCUUACCCGGUAGUGCCAGGAGUUGUUAGAAUUAGAAGUGAGUCUAUUCCCCGGUAGCUUAUCCCACUUGAAAUUUUAAGAAAACUGUACCAAAACGACCAAAAGGAACUUUGAAUUUUGUGCUCGACGAAUACGGGACGAAACUUCCUACGACUAUGAAGAAAGCGCCCCGGAUGAAACCGGUAAAUAAAACUUGAUCUGUUCUUGCUGCCCACUUGAAUAUUGCCUUCUGGGACGUCGAGACCACUGAUUUAAAAGAAGUCGCGGUCGUCUGACAGGACCGGUAUGGCGCUGGACACGGAGGAUAACCUGGACCCUCCUCCGCAAAUGAUGCAGGUCAACGACAGCGACGAUCCAAGGGCUGGGGGAAAUAAUUAUCCGGAUGGUGCCCCCCAACCCCUAGCCCAACAAGAAGAAGCAGAAUUUCCGCCCGCAGCAGAUGAAGAAGACCCGCUUGCGGAAGUGGAAGGUCAACCCCACCACGGUCCGAAGAAAUCUGGCACGGCGAUGAUAUGAACUGCAAAAGUAUCGUACUCGUAUAAAUGCAUUAGCAUUACAAAUUUCCCCAGCAUGAGAAAUAAAAUUUGUAAUGCAGAUUUGCCUUGGAAAUAAGAUUUGUAAUGCAAGACUUGCAUUAGCAUUUGUACGAGUGCGAUACUUUUGCACAGGAUAGACGAAACUCGAAGUCGAUACGGUGACCAAAGAUCACCACCACGUGGUGUUUCACCCGGACGACUAUCAAGCGGAAAAAUGUCUGGGUCUGGAAGAGUGUAAACUUGUCAUGCGGAUUUUCCAUGACCCAUGAGGUCUGGAAUGCGGGACUUAGCAUGACAGACAUUCUGUGAGGUCCCUAUCAUGCCUAUUCUGCAUGAGAAAUAACUCCGUUCCAACUUUGUCAAAAGUGGUCAGCUUUUAGCACUCAUGCAACAUCACAGAUUUUUGCAUGCUUCAGAUUUACCAUGACAGGUUGCAAUCUUGUUCUAGACCCAGACAUUUUUGCAAUUCAUAACGACAGCCGAAAGACCAUGGCGGAGAACCGGAAGCGACUCCUGCACCAGGAGGCGGAGAUGCUGCAGAGGUCCCGGGAAGACGCCAAGUUCGGGGCCAUCGGCCGCGGUGCCAGUCUGCGCGGGGUGCACAAGUUGGUGCGGAUGAGCACGAAGUCAAACCUGACCGGUUGGGACGUGAAAGUGCAGCUGUGGAAGGUGCAAGUGGCGGAGAUUUUGAACAAACAAAAUUUCGACCUCUACAUCGGCAUAAUCAUCGUGGCGAACUCGAUCACCAUCGGGUGGGAAUCCCAAACGGAGGUGGAGGACGGGGACACGACGGCGUUCCAAAUUAUCGAGCACUUCUUCCUGAUCAUCUACGUGUUCGAGAUUGGCGCGCGGUUCUUCGCCUUCGGGGUGUUGCGGUCGCUAGUGGGUUCGCGCUGGGUAUCACAGUGAAAAAUGCCCCCACCCCCAAAGUUGCAAAAAUUUGUGAUGCGAAGUUUCCAAGUGAAAACUUUUUGUCAUGCAUGAAAGGAGUACGAGUCUUUCUGAUGCAGGGUCUAGGCGUGUAUCGAAUCGCUUGCAUGACAAGCGCCGCUCUUCCUGGGGUCCUUUGCAAUACAAAUUUUUGCUACUCACGAUUGGAAACCUGUGAUGCUGAUAGAUGCAAGAGGGCGAGCGUUUUAUUUGGAAAGGUUUGCAAUACAAAUGCUUUCAACUUCGGGGGUGGGGGCAUAUUUCAUUGUAAUACUGGGUACUGUUCGACUUCUGCCUGGUCUGCGUGGGCAUUUUGUCCCAAUGGAUCAUGCCGCUGAUAUUCACGUCCACGCCGAGUGCGCUGGAGCCGAUAUUAGUCCUGCGGGUGCUAAGGCUGCUGCGAUUGGCCAGGGCGGUAUAGAAAAUUGGAGUGAUUUCUUUAUGAUGAAUAUGAUGCGUUCUUUCUAUGCGAAUGACACACAGAACAAAAAGUUGAUGUCAGUUCUUUGUACUGACCACCCAAAAACAAAAAUUUCAUAUUUCACUACAACCUCAGGUCCGCUUGAUUGUGACGUUCAAGACCCUCUGGAUGUUGGUCCGGGGCCUCCUGACCUCCAUGGACACCAUUCUUUUCACCUUCCUCUUGAUUUUUAUGUCGGUGUACCUGACCGCGGUUCUUGGGGUGGAAAUCAUCACGAAGAACAAAAACGCCUACGCAGAUAACCCGGAGUGCAACAAGAUUGUGGAAGAGAACUUUGACAGUUUGUUCUCCAUCAUGCUGGUGUUGCUCCAGUUCGUCACUCUGGACUCCAUCGGGUCGGUCUAUACCCCUCUGAUAAAGUUCCACCCGGCGCUGUUCUUCUACUUCAUGCCCUUCCUCCUCGUCGUGUCUGUCGCCAUGAUGAACCUGGUGACGGCGGUUCUGGUGCAGAACGCGAUCGAGUGCUCGAACGAGGACAAAGAGGUGAAUGCCGCAUACCAGAAGCAGAAGUUGGAGGGAAUGAUGCCGGAAGUGCGGAAGAUUUUCGCAUUGCUCGACGAGGACAAGUCGGGCGAUAUUUCAAAGGAGGAGGUUGUCAAGGGCAUGACGGAGAACGACGACCUGCGGAAGGAGCUAGAGCACUUCAUGGGCAGCCACAGCCCGCUGCAGCUGUUUGAAAUGCUCGACGUGGAUGGCGGCGGUCUGAUCGGGAUUGACGAGUUUUGCGACGCGAUGCUGGCGCGAAUCACCUCCGACGCACCCAUCGAGGUGACGCGGAUUUUGAAACUCGUGACGCAAAUCAAGGCGGACCUGCAAAAGUAUCUCCAAGCGGAGGCGAAGACCAAUCCUCAACACCAGCAGGGUGAGAAACAAGAUAAAGAAGAGGACUUGGUGCGAUUCGGAAACCUAGAUCCGGAGAAAAACCCGGGGAGUGCUUUGGAUCAGAUGAUGAAUGCGAUGAAGGUUGGCGGAGCUGCUACAGAGGAUUCUGGUGCGGCGCAGAAGGAGGGUGCGCAUGAGAAAUUCCCUAUAGGACGAGAUGGAGGGGGUCUGUUCAGCGGCACAUCCUCAUCUGCGUCCACGCCCAGAGCGAGGCAUCAUUUACAUGAAGUACAACGUGGUGGCCAAGGAGACCAUGAAGACGAAGAGCACCAACAUGAUCUUCAAGCCAAUCUGUUUUACUACAACUCAGCGGCAGAAAAAGCUGACAUCGAGCGAACGUCGCAGGCCUUCAUCUCCGUGCUUCACAACGAAAGGGAGAGAAGAAGGGAACAACUGAAAACCAAAAGACGAACCGUCAACGCGGCUGCGGACUACAGACCGGGCGAAUCAGCGUCGGAAUCUGGACGUCUAGACGAGGGAGACAUGACAUUGAACUACCAUAGUGCACAAGAAGCACCUCCACAAAGAAGUACCGCAGUAAAUAACUACUUGCCGCCGUCCUCGUCUCGUGCACAGAACGACAGCAGAAUCAUGAGAAACCCCACCGACGGUGCUGGAUCUGACACACACCAAAAAAACGACAAAGAACAUGAAGAUGCAUCUUCGGAAUCGGAGAAGCACGAAUUGCGAAGGCGAAUGUCGGCGAUGGAAGCGGAGCUCAUCAAAAUGAAUCAGCUACUCGAAAAACUUGCGAACCGCGAUUAGCAGUAAGGGUUUUCGAACAACUUACUGCGAAAUGAAAGUGAUGAUUCAUCUUUACGGCUACUUUUACUUUCCUCGUAGACAUAGACUUGUUGCCUUCUGCGCAUGCAAAGUGAUUGAAUACCUUUACCUGUAGUUUCUUUGUUCCAAAACUGUACAGUAAAUCUCCACUGGUUUCCCUAAAGCGACUAAGUUUU